UUCUUCUUUAACAGCCUCAAAAUCUAGUUUGGCAGCCGAGAAAGUGAGCCAGAAAAUCUGAGAGAAAAUGAGCGGCGCAGGAAAGAAAAUUGUCGAUGUCGCAUUUAAAGCAGGGAGAACUAUAGAUUGGGAUGGGAUGGCGAAGAUGCUGGUCACCGAUGAGGCUCGCAAAGAGUUCGCCACGCUUCGUCGCGCUUUCGAUGAAGUUAACUCCGCUCUCCAGACCAAGUUCAGCCAGGAACCUGAACCUAUUGAUUGGGAAUAUUAUAGAAAGGGAAUUGGGUCUCGCUUGGUGGACGUGUACAAAGAGGCUUAUGAAAGCAUUGAGAUCCCUAAGUAUGUGGAUACAGUCACCCCUCAGUACAAACCUAAAUUUGAUUCACUGAUUGUGGAAUUAAAAGAAGCAGAGGAGAAGUCCCUGAAAGAGUCUCAACGGUUAGACAAUGAAAUAGUGGAGGUUAAAGAAUUGAAGGAAAAGAUCAGCACCAUGACAGCAGAUGAGUACUUUGCAAAGCAUCCUGAGCUGAAGAAGAAGUUCGAUGAUGAGAUCAGGAAUGACUAUUGGGGCUACUGAUCACAUUUGCUUUAAGCUUAAUCACAGCUUAGCCAAGAUGUCUGAACAUUCCGUGUUUUCGCUGUUUGUUUCGUGAUAAUAAUUACCGAAUUGUUUUUUUAUGUAAAAGUCGGUUGCUCUGGAUUUGAGGAAAUUGAGCUUUGAUUACACUCUUGAUAAGAAUUGGAUUUUUCCAUGGGGAGCAAUGCAUACCUUUCAGUUAUGGCAUAGCACCUAUUUUCUUCUUCUAUUUAA